UCAGGAGGUGAAAUCUGUGGUUCAUUAGUGUUUACGGCUUCUUAUGGCACGGUACAUGUAAGAGAAGAAAGAGAGAAAGGGGUUGUUAUGCCUGAAGGUGGCUGUGAUAAGCACUUUUCUUAAGAUAGGAGAUAUUUAUGUUUUCUCCUUCUAAGAGAACUUCAGGUCUAAGAGUCUUAGAGAGAAAAUAAUCGUCUUUGGCUAAGCUAUAAUCUCUCUAAAAAAAAGGGGGAGGGAUAGUAUGUUCUCUCCUGAGGGGCACCCGAGGAGAGUUUAGAAAAGAAGAGUCAUACGAGCGAGUCAAAUGGAUGAUGAUGACUCUAGCGAGGUCUGGUGGAUCCGCGGAGCUCAAGUGUGGGCGUGGGUGAUCUGCGUCGUGGGAGGCGUCGGGAAUUUCGUCACCAUCGCCACCAUCUUUCACCAGCUCCACCUGUGUCGCUCCAAAAGAUCCUAUUACGGAAGGGACCUCAAGUACGGCGAAAACGGCCACGCCCUCCGACCCCGCAGCCAAGGUCCUUCCAUCAAGCUAGCCGGAGACACCAUCCUCCUGCUGCACCUGAGCAUCUGUGACUUCCUCUACUGCGUCGUGAACCUGCCCAUCACGGCCUGGUCCUAUAACGUCUCAGCCGACCACGCGCCGGGGAAGGGCUUCUGCACGGUCGUCGCUGCCUUUCGCUACCUCAACGCUCUGGUCGAGUGGAUGACCCUCGGCCUCCUGACGGUGCAGCGUUGCGUGGAUCUGAGGCGGUCGAGAAGAGUGAGGUUCUUUAAGCCGCUUCCUACCUGCGGGAUCCUCCUCCUGUGCUGGCUCGGAGGCUUGGCCGUGAUGCUCGGCGCAUUAAUACAAGGAAACUUUGAGUACAACACGGACGGGUUCAAGUGCGACAUGCAAGAAGGUAACUCGAAGCUGUACUUUCACACCUUGGAGACCCUUCUUCCGUGUUGCUUGAUGGUCGUGGGUUGUUGCAGCAUCAUCAUUCAGAUCUGGAAGAACAAGAGGAAACUGAGAGCCUCUGGGAUGCAUCCAGCGCUGGUCGAGAAGCGGAGCCGCGAUGCCUGGCGGUCCACAGCCCUCCUGUUGGGCCUCCUUCUGCUGUUCCUCGUCUGCGUCAUCCCCAACGCCGUCUACAACGUCAUCAGCUUCUACCCUGAGCUCGUCAACUCAGCCGUGGGCGUCGGAAUUUACGCCUUCUACUGGACUCAGUACGGCGUCAACUUCCUCGUCUACGCCGCCAGUAACAAGAACUACAGGAGGGCUUACGUGCACCUCUUCUCGCGUGCUUCAGAAACCCUUCGCCGGUGCUUCGGUCGAGACGAUCUGAUUCACGAUCAUCGAGGCGUCGUGGAGCCAAGGAUCUCGACGAUCUUCGCCGUCGGGAUCCCCAAGGACUUCAGCGACAUCUCCGGACACCGGGAGGGCUUGAGUGGCCCCCCCGUGUCCUACGAGGAGCUCGGAGGACGCCACGAAAGGUCGGUCUCGGAGUCCCUCCCAGCGAACGGCGUCGAUGUCCCCGACGUCCACCUCCUCGGGCGUCCUCGAUCCUCCCCCAGCUUGUCCUCCUUCGCCUCGACCUGCGCCUCCGUGGACACCGUCGAGAGUUAUCUCAGCCACAUGUCUUAGCUCAGCCACGCUAAAAUAUGUAAUAGUUAUUGCGGCAAGUGCAUGGACCUUCACCCACCCUCAUUCGCUCAUUCUGAUACAC